UGACGUGUCGUGCUGAUUAUUCAACAGAAAAUUAGGUUGUGUGAUGAGAUAGAAUAACAUGCACUGAAUCGAAGAGUGUAAAUCACGCAUUGCACUAAACCGAGACAAAAUGAGCUGGUUUGAUACAACAGGCAUAGCCAAUUUAGCCAAAAAUGCGUUGAAAGAAGCUCAAAAACAGAUUGAUAAAGCGCUUGAUAUCAAAGAUGAAGAUGAAACGGCAAUUUUUAAUGUAUCAAACGAACCUGCAGGAAAAAGUGUUAAUGAAAUGGAAUCUCGCCUACUCAUAGCAUUGGAAACCUAUCUCUGCCUGAAUCACUUAACAGUAUUCCAUGGAAUGCAUCCGAGGAUAACCUCGGUGUAAACUCCGUUGGAAAGAAUACAGCACCUGCUGAUAGUUUAAGUGAUGUCGGUUAUAAUUUAUCAAUAAUGUUCAACAAUACAUCACUCUUGGAAACUUUACAAUCAACGCUAAAGCAACGGGAUGGCGAGGUGUACCAACUGCAAUGGGAAGUUUCUCGAUUUCAACAAGAACGCAAUAUACUUAGUUCGGAAAUUUCAAAUCUUACAAUGGAACUAGACAAUGUUCGGGAACGUUUUGAGCGGAGCAUCCGUUUGGAGGCGGAACAUAAAGAUUUGCAAAAUCGGUACGAUGCACUGCUACAAAUGUACGGAGAAUCAGUAGAAAAAACUGAAGAAUUGCAGCUUGACCUGGCAGACGUAAAAGAAAUGUAUAAAAUACAGAUCGAUGAUCUGCUCCAACGACAGCGUGAUUUAAUUGCUUCUAUGAGCCAUCACUCUUCACUAUUAUCAUCACCUGGGAACAAUUGCUGAGUUGAAAAAAUUCUUCAUUCCUUUAUUUUAAAAUGAUUGUUUUUACUUAUAGAGAUAAUUUUAAAUCUUGUCCUUACUCGUCUUUAUUCAUGGCAGUUUUGCCCAAGCGUGGAUUAACAAUCGUUAACAACAAUACAUGAAAAAUUUGUGUAAAUUACAUUAAAAGAUAUAGUAUACCAUGACUUAAUGUUCAAAUGUUCGUGAAAUACAGCUGCAAUUGAGAUUAAAA